GGUGGCGGCGGGGAUGGCCGAAUCACCAAAAGCAGGAAAAAGUUCCAAAGAAGGACAAGACAUAAUAGAAUCAGAGAUUUCCGGCAGGAAAAACAACCUUCCUGCUACCCCGUCUACUGUAUCCAGCAAAAUAAAAGUGCCCGCCGCUCAGCCCAUAGUGAGGAGGGACAAGCGGCAAAACUCUUCGAGGUUCAGCGCCAGCAACAACAGAGAGCUUCAGAAACUACCGUCUUUGAAAGAUGUUCCUCCUGCUGAUCAAGAGAAGCUUUUUAUCCAGAAGUUGCGUCAGUGUUGUGUCCUCUUUGACUUUGUUUCCGAUCCACUGAGUGACCUAAAGUGGAAGGAAGUAAAACGAGCUGCUUUAAGUGAAAUGGUAGAAUAUAUCACCCAUAACCGGAAUGUGAUCACAGAGCCUAUUUACCCGGAAGUAGUCCAUAUGUUUGCAGUUAACAUGUUUCGAACGUUACCACCUUCCUCCAAUCCUACGGGAGCAGAAUUUGACCCCGAGGAGGACGAGCCGACGUUAGAGGCGGCCUGGCCUCAUCUACAGCUUGUUUAUGAAUUUUUCUUAAGAUUUUUAGAGUCUCCAGAUUUCCAACCUAAUAUAGCGAAGAAAUAUAUUGAUCAGAAAUUUGUAUUGCAGCUUUUAGAGCUCUUUGACAGUGAAGAUCCUCGAGAGAGAGACUUUCUUAAAACUACCCUUCACAGAAUCUAUGGAAAAUUCUUAGGCUUAAGAGCUUACAUCAGAAAACAGAUAAAUAAUAUAUUUUAUAGGUUUAUUUAUGAAACAGAGCAUCACAACGGCAUAGCAGAAUUACUGGAAAUCCUGGGGAGCAUAAUUAAUGGAUUUGCCUUACCACUAAAAGAAGAGCACAAGAUUUUCUUAUUGAAGGUGUUGCUACCUUUGCACAAAGUGAAAUCUCUGAGCGUCUACCAUCCACAGCUGGCGUACUGCGUCGUGCAGUUCUUAGAGAAGGACAGCACCCUCACCGAACCGGUGGUGAUGGCCCUUCUCAAAUACUGGCCAAAGACGCACAGUCCGAAAGAAGUCAUGUUCUUAAAUGAGUUAGAAGAGAUCUUAGACGUAAUCGAACCAUCGGAAUUUGUGAAGGUCAUGGAACCCCUCUUCCGGCAGCUGGCCAAGUGUGUGUCCAGCCCACACUUCCAGGUGGCGGAGCGAGCGCUCUAUUACUGGAACAAUGAGUACAUCAUGAGUCUAAUCAGCGACAACGCGGCCAAGAUCCUUCCCAUCAUGUUCCCGUCCUUGUACCGCAACUCCAAGACCCACUGGAACAAGACAAUACACGGCCUGAUCUACAACGCACUGAAGCUCUUCAUGGAGAUGAACCAGAAACUGUUUGACGACUGUACCCAGCAGUUCAAAGCGGAGAAGCUGAAAGAGAAGCUAAAAAUGAAAGAACGAGAAGAAGCGUGGGUUAAAAUAGAAAAUCUAGCCAAAGCAAACCCCCAGCAUGCGGCGUGUGGUGAAGCGAACACCGUGAGCCUCCCGGUGGCAAUGGGGACGGACAGGCCUCUGUCUGAAGAUGUGCAGACGCUGAGAGAGACAGUGAGUGGACAGGCCCUCCAGGCCGAGAAAGAUCUGAAGAAGGACCGGCCCCUCGUGCGCCGCAAGUCUGAGCUGCCUCAGGACCUCCACACCAAGAACGCCUUGGAGGCUCACUGCAGAGCUGACCAGCUGGUCUCCCAGGACGGGCGCUAGUCCCCCCGAGGACCGCGUCGGGCUGGGGACACCUGCUCUCUCCUGGAGUCUGUAGAAAAUACAUCCCUUGUGUGCCAUACAAAUCAGUUACACUCAGAGUCCGAGCUUUUCUUCCACCCCGUUCUGUAGGCAGCGACACACUCUGCCUCAGCUCGAGAUUAGGAGUUCAAACAAUGGUGGCUUCCCCGAUGUGUCCGUGGAGCCCGAGGGCCACCAGCCGCGUCCCCGGCGCGUCGUCUCGGCCCCCGCACGGCCCCCGUAAGACGGCUUCCCCAAAUCAGAGCUAAGGAGAGCACCCUAGACAUCUUCACGUUCGGCCCAGACGGAAUCCGCGAUCGUUUACCGUAAGUGGUUCUGUGGUCGUGUCGAUGUGCUUCAGAUCAGAGGAACACUUGAAACAGAAACGCAUCGCGUAUUCUUGAAGACUCUACAACCUCUUCGAUUGUUUCCACGUGACUGUUGCGCCAGUAGUCAGUCGUUUGCUCUCCUUGCCCUCUCUCUUUUUUUCCCUUUUCAUCUCGUUGAAGUGGUCCUUUGCUGUCGUCAUUCUAACACAACUUACUGGGGAAAGUGACAUGACAAUCCUCGGCCACUGUGUUUUCCUGAGGUGUUUCUUUACUUUGCCUGAUGACCCGUGUGCCGUGUUACUCUCGUGUACAGCUAAAGCCAUACUUCCAAGCCCGCGGCCCAGCACCAGGGACUCCACGAGUGAGCUCGUAGGAGAAACGUGUUUUUAGAAAACGCCUUUCUCCAUCCACCUUGACCGGAAUUGGAAUUUUAAAACGAUGUGUCCCCUUUUUUCUUUUUUCUUUGCAUUUUUUUUGUCUCUACUGACACACGGUUGCCCUUUAACGAGGCUCUUGAAUGAAUAAAAUUCUCAUCUCUAAGAAUUGAUAUGAUACAUUUUGUAGAAAGUUAGAACGAGACCCUCUCGAGCUCGGCCAGUCCGGCCCCCGCCUCUGGGCAUAAAGUAACAAAAAUGCCACCCAACGCCACCGUCCGUGUCGGGCGCGGGCCCGAGGGCUCGGACAGGCAGCCGCCAGGGCUGCGGUGAGUCCCUCCCAGCCGACCAGAGCACGCGGUAUAAACACCUCAUCAGGAAAAGACACUGUCUGAGUUUCCAUGGGUCUUCAAAUGCUGCUAUAGAUCCACAGAUUUCCCUGCAUGUUCUGAGCUUUCUGUUUGAAUGGAACCGCACGAGGAGAAAAACCCUUCACCCGGGGUGCGUCUACUCCGUAUUUCUCUCAGGGUGGCCAGUAUUUUGACUUCCUUAUCCUGCUUGAAAGCUAUUUGAGAUGUGUACUGCUAUCCCGAGCAAGUGAUUCAGUUUCCUUGGUCUGUGGCAUAAGAUGAUACAAGUCCGUGUUAAAUGUCGCUGAUGCACAGAAGAUAAGAUGUGGCUUCUCUCAGGCUGUCUGUUCCGACUCGAGGUCGUGGGUGUCCGCUGACACGCUGUGGGAAGCGGACAUGGGCCCCGGGCAGCUGUGACGCCUGCUGCUCCCGGGGUCGCCUCCGUCCCUCCGUCCGCGACGUCUGUGUCCCCGUGUCCCGGAGGAAGGUUGCAGAGGGGGGUGGCGGGGUGGGCCCCGUGUUCGGAGCAAGGGCUCACUGAAAAAAACUGCCCCAGCUGGAAGCAGGAAGGGCCACCUUGGGAGAAGAAGUGCUUCCUGAGAAACUUGACAAGUACCUAUCAAUUGUACCAUUACGAAAUGUAUCCUUUAAAAACAAAAAGUUUAGAUGCCUUCUCCUUUUGAGGGAAAAAGGGUGCUUUUUAUCGUAUAAAGCAGCGUCUUCUGUAUUUUGAUACACCAUUGUUUGAACUUCCGUCUUUAGCUGGUAGAUCCUCAGAUAUCCUUGAUUUUGGAUGUUCAGUAUGUGUCGAGAGAGAGGGUCCUGGGAAGGCCCCCCCCUCUGCCCUCGGUGAAAAGCGAAAUAUCCGUGUCUGGGUGACUGUAUAAAGCUCAGCCUGUAAAAACACCUUUUCUGUCGAGCUUUUAUCUCUGCUCUUUAUUGAAGACAAACAUUCACCGAAAAGGGGGGGAAAAAAAAGUUUGAGAGAAACUAAUUUUCUUUGACGAGAGUAUUAUUUCAUAUUUUGGCCUCUUAAAGUUUUCCUAGUUAGUACUCAGAUUCCCUGUGCUAAUUGUUCGACUUAUAUAAGAUACACCAUUUAUUAUAUUAUAUAGAUACACCGUUUAUCCUGCACCAAACUGAUUUCAAAAGUACGACAUUGAGAACAAACCGGUGACUGUUUUUCUUCAUAAAGUCCUGCAUUCGGCAUCUUCACUGUUUCCAGACUGUAUCUGUACAUCAGAAAUGUCACUAUUCCGAGUGUCUUUUUAGUGUGGCUUUAGUAUGGCUUCCUUUUAAUAUUGUACAUACAUUGUAUCUUUGUUUUAUGGUAAUAAGUAAUAAAAAUGUAGACUUCAUAUUUUGUACAAAAUGUCCUAUGUACAGAAUAAAAAAAAGUUCAUAGAAACAGCAAAAAUAGGUAAGUGGCACAAUUAUUUUUCUUUAGAAGAUAUCUGUAACUUUACGCUUUAGUGAAAUGUUAAGUACCUACAUAUUUUUUAACAUUUUGUAAUCCAGAACUUUUUGUUUCGACAUUGUUUAUGAAGAGGAAACUUCAUACACUCGCCAUUUAAUAUGCUCUUUUAUCUAAUUUUAAAAAACUCUAAAAAUGGUGUAUUAUAUGGACUAAAUAAAGAACAUGUGAAUUUUACUGCUCA